CCCUGGAUGCGCGCACUUGCGACUCUGCAUGUGAGCGCUACCCCGGAUGACUUGCCCUGCCGAGAACAGGAAUUCGAGAGCGUGCUAGGCAAAGUGGAGGGUCUGUUGGAGGAAGGAGAGGGUGGAUGUAUCUAUAUCUCAGGUGUCCCAGGAACGGGGAAGACAGCGACCGUGCACGCCGUCGUUCGAACUCUGCACGCAAGAGCCCAAGCCUCAGAAAUCCCCCCUUUCACCUUUCUCGAAGUGAACGGACUCAAGCUGACAGGUGCGAGGGAGGCGUAUGCCGAGCUCUGGCGGGUCGUCUCCGGCGAGGAGAAGCGCGUGUCCCCUGGGGAAGCGCUUCGCCGGCUGGUGGGGUAUUUUGAGCGAAGCGGGAAGAGAGGCCCAGAAGCGGGAUGCUUUGUGGUGCUCAUGGACGAGCUUGACCAGCUUAUCACCACCAAGCAAGACGUGGUGUACAACUUCUUCAACUGGCCUACCCUCCCUUCCAGCAGGCUCGUCGUCCUCGCUGUGGCUAACACGAUGGAUCUCCCCGAGCGGGUCAUGGCUGGGAAAGUGCGGUCCCGGCUAGGCAUGGAACGGAUCAACUUUGCGCCUUAUACGAGAGACCAGUUGAAGGAGAUCGUCCUCUCCCGCUUGAGGGGCGGGAUUUUGCAAGCAGAAGAACUCAUGCACCCAGACGCGGUGCAGAUCGCGGCAAUGCGCGUUGCGGGCGUAUCUGGUGACGCACGCCGGAUCCUUGAUAUCUCCCGU